CUGACGGCCCGUAUAUAUAGAUAUGUGUGCACAACGCCAGUGCUAUCCACCACUUGGCAAGAUGCGUCCGCUGCAGCAGGAGGCAAGCAAAGCUUUUGCGCUCAUCGCGCUGGCCAUCUCCUUCGUCGUCCCUGUCACUGCACUAUGGCCUAUCCCUAGGCAGCUGGAGACAGGCUCGACCCCACUCGUCCUUGCGAGCGACUUCAAGAUCGACAAUCUCGACAGCCCACCGUCGGACCUUGGCGCCGCCGUAGCGCGCACCCUGGAUCAUUUAAGUACUGACAAGCUCGAACGGCUCGUCGUCGGUCGUGCAUCUGCAGACAAGGCUGCCGUGCAGGACGCGAAGGCGCUCCCGUCGCUGGUGCUCGCCGUGCCGCAAGGCGCGAAGGUGAACAGCAUCGCCGACGAGGCGAUUAUGCCCCUUGGGUCGCGCAGCGAGGAGUACACGCUGACCAUCCCGUCAGACGGGUCUCCUGCAACGUUGACUGCGAACUCAACGCUCGGACUGUUCAGAGGACUCACGACCUUUGAGCAGUUCUGGUACGACUUGGAUGGAGCCGCGACAUAUACGCUCGAGGCCCCUGUUUCUAUCACUGAUUUUCCAGCAUUUCCAUACCGUGGCCUAAUGCUUGACACUGCUCGUAACUUCUUCUCUGUCUCGGACAUCAAACGUACCCUGGAUGCCAUGAGCUGGGCCAAGAUCAAUCAGUUUCACUGGCACAUCACAGACAGCCAGAGUUUCCCCGUACAGAUUCCUGGGUUCACCGAAGUGGCGGAUAAAGGAGCCUACUCGUCUUCCAUGAUAUACUCGCCUUCUGACGUUCAAGACAUCGUGACAUACGCGGCCCAGCGGGGAAUAGACGUCUUACCCGAAAUCGAUACCCCGGGACAUACUAGCAUCAUCGCCGAAUCUCAUCCCGAGUAUGUAGCAUGCUUCGUCUCGUCACCAUGGUCGGAAUAUGCCGGCGAGCCGCCCUCCGGCCAGCUCCGCUUCGCCUCUCCCGCGACCCGCAACUUCACGGCCGAACUACUCGCCUCGACGGCCACGAUGUUCCCGUCGUCGCUCUUCAGCACGGGCGGCGACGAGCUCAACGUUCCGUGCUACACCGCGGACAACGAGACGCAGGCGAUUCUGAACGCGACGGGCGAGACGCUCUACCAGGCUCUGGACACGUUCACGCAAUCGACGCACGGUGCGCUGCGCGGCAUCGGCAAGACGCCUGUCGUGUGGGAGGAGAUGGUACUCGACUACAACACCACGCUCGGGAACGACACGGUCGUUAUGGUCUGGAUAUCCUCGGCCAAUGCCGCAGCGGUAGCGGAGAAGAACUUCAAAAUCGUACAUGGCCCGUCGGAUUACUUCUACCUUGACUGCGGAGCUGGUGAAUGGAUAGGUGAUGAUCCCUCAGGGAACAGCUGGUGCGAUCCAUUCAAGACAUGGCAAAAGUCGUACACCUUCGAUCCGUACGCAAACAUCUCAGAGUCGAUGCAACAUCUCGUCCUAGGCGGCCAGCAGCUCCUCUGGACCGAACAAUCAUCGCCGGAGAACAUGGACUCGAUCAUCUGGCCGCGUGCCGCGUCGUCUGCCGAGGUCUUCUGGACAGGCGCGACCCUCCCAGACGGCUCACCGCGCAACGGCUCGUCCGCACUGCCGCGUCUGCACGACUUCCGCUUCCGUAUGGUCCAGCGCGGCGUGCGCGCCAUACCUCUGCAGCCGCUCUGGUGCGCCUUGCGCCCGGGGCUGUGCAACCUCGACUCUUAGUCUACCGAGAUAUGACAUUUGGUCCGGAAGAUUUCAUUGCAAAAAUCUAUGUCAUAUGUGUUUGUAAAUGUUUGUGUGAUAGUGGUAUGUGCAUGUGGGAGGCUAGAGGGAAUCCCAAAGACAGGGUUUGCGAGCCAGAGCCAGAGAAAGUCAGAGAGCUGUUGAACAACACACGCCAGUUUGCUUGGACAUCUAUAGGUAUCUUCAGGGCUUGCCUCAAUGUCCGGUGUGUACAAGUAAUACGGGAGGUGAGGUAGAUUAGCAAGUGCAGCGAGCGGAGAGCGGAAAGAGCGACAGUGCUGACGACGAGACGAGACGACGAUUGAGAUGACAAGAGGCCGAAAGAUUGAAGAUCAGUGCGUUGUGCGAGACCGGUGGUAAACGAAUGCGAAUGCUGGUAGUGGGCUGCGCGACGGUAUGAGUGCGCAGCUGUCGAGAGCGCCGACGAGGUGCUAUCGUGGAGCGAAGAUUGCGACGAGGACAAUGAAGGGGAUGUAUGUGAAGAGUGAGAUCGCAGACAUGAUGCGGCAGCGCAGUCGCCAAGACCUCGCGUCUGCGGUGAAACAUAAAUACACCCGGCAACCACCUUACAUGAGAGGGGACAUACCGUGCUCUACCUGCGGAUCAUCAAGCGUCACUCCUUUCUCCGUGUCCGUGUACCCGACGCGGCGCGUCUCUGGGAUGGGCAGGAACGAGGCAAUCCACCAGAUUGGGAAGAGCACGAAGCCAACAAAGAAUGUCCAAGCAUGCAGAGGCGAACCCUCUUCAUCGGCUGAGCGGAGACGUGGUAUCCAUGGCGUCUGACGAAUCCUUGGGGGUCGACGGGGGUCCCGCAUAUGGUACACGCUCGAACGGUCAAGCGAAGGAGGGUGCGGCGCUACGACAGCGGUGACAGGAAUAGACGUCUGCGAUAGAGUGCGUCGAGAACCCCGACGUGAAUCCGCCGCAGAGGGCGCUAAUGAAGAGACAAUGGACUGCCGCAGCGACCGGGUCGAGCCAUCAUGGGUGGACCCUGCGCGCGAGAGUGCACGGACCGCAGGUGAGACAGGGAAAUUCGUUCGGUCUGCGAUGGACCCCAUGUUGGGCGCGUUGUGUGCUGAGCUCGGACGCGAGUGUCCUGGGGUGUGGGCUGGCGAAGGAGUAGAUGAUAAUCGGACACGUUUACGCUGCUGAUAUGCCGAAGGCGAACCGGACUCUUCAGACACGAGACGAGCACCUACCAGCAAACCGUCUUCAGGGUAGCCCUGUGAAGCACGAGCAAUGCAAACUCACGUCUUUUAUCAAUUGGUAUGAGGAAAGUGGUAUGCUGCUGCCUCUGGUCCAGUGGCGUUAUGUCGAUAUCCUCCGCUUUCCGCUUCCCUUUGUUGUUCGUCGGGGUUUCCAUGACGCUAGGCAGGACAGGUUCGCUGGAUUGUCGUACCGGAUGCCGUCCGGAUGAUCGUCUUGGAGGCGUGGACGGGGCAUUCUGCUGCUGCGACGGACCGUCGUCCUGGCUCUGGGUGCCUGUAUAUGAAUGACGCAGGAUGCUCUUACGAGGGGUCCGGGGCCCUGGAGGCCUAGGCAAUGCCACACUCUGAAGUUCACGAUCUACACCCUCCUCCAACGUGCUCAGUUCCCCUGCACUCAUCCCUCUCUUGACCUCUACCACGCCUGCAGGCUUCUGUGAUGGCGAAUUACCUCCGUUGGGAGGUGUCGACGGCCGCUCGUCUCCGCCCUCGGCUGCAGCUACGACAGCCUACGUCAGGAAAG